GCGUGUUUGUGGAGAGAACUAAUCCAAAUUCUUUCACUUUCUAACAUCUCUCGUGAAAAAUAAAAAACACAAACAGCACAAAACUAAAAAUAGAAAUAAAAAAAAUUAAAAAAGAAAGAUCUUCGUUUUUAUUUUCUCACUCACUCUCACGCACGCACGCCCUGGAUUUUCUUCCCCUACAUCUUCACCACCAUCACCACCUAUUUUCUCUCUUCUUGAAAACCCUAAUUCAUCCAUCGCCGUUUCCUUUCUCUCUCUACCUUUCAGAGUGCUGUUGAGGAUCAGGUACUUAUGGACCUCCUUCCUUGUCCAUGGUUCCAACUUUGAUUCCCAAUUUCGUUGAAUUCUCACCGUUUUCUUCCAUAAUUCCGUUGAAUCGAGAUUCAAGCAGCGUCAAUUCUCGAUUUCAUUGCUUUCUAAAUUUAAUUAUUAGCGUAUCGGAAAUGCUGACAUGUGUUUAUACGAAGGAAUACGAAGCUCUGCUAUGCAUGAGUUUGCUGCUUCGAAUAUGCCUAUCUGAAUUCGAAUUGCUGUUAUUUUAGGCGCCGAAGGUUGGAAUGGGAGAAUACGAUGGUGAUGAAUCGAAUUGCUUUUUUCCUGACGUCCGAACAAAGCGCCACCACCUUUGCUAGGUUCUUGUAGGGUUUGAUGAGAAUCUUGUAGGUUUUCAGAUUUUCCAUUGGAUCGCAGAUGUUGAAUUUGGUUUGCCAGUUAGAUCGGGAAAUAAGAGGAAAACGUUUGAUUAGUGUCUCUGUAGUAUGGUUGUGAAUGGAUUUGAAAUUUAAUUCAUGUGAAGAUUUAUUCAUUGUUUUCUGAGUAUUAAAUUGAAUUGAAUUGGAUUGGAUUGGAUUUAGUAGAGGAGUAUGGAGAACAUGUGUGAUGUUAAUCACUUGGAUACUGAUGUUCUUUUACCUCCUCGGAAGCGCCUUCUUGCUGGACUGAAAAAACAGAGCUCAGAUGGUGAUGCUGCUGCAUCUCCAUCUCUAGUUGUUGCUUCUUGUGUUACAGUUUCUGAGGUUGCUUCCUCUUCCUCGUCUUUGUAUUCCAGUGAGUUUGAAGCCAGGCUUAAGAAUCUGUUGAGUUCUCAUUCCAAUAACCCUAACCUUACCCCUGCGGAGGUUGUGGAGGCUUCAAAAGCUGCAGCAGUGGCUGCAGCUAAAGCUGCACAGGCUGCAAGAGCUGCAGCCGAAGAAAAGGCUGAAAUUGCAGCGAAGGCAGUUGCUGCUGCCAAGAGUGCUUUAGAUUUGGUUGCCUCUUUCUCUGAAGAGGCAGUGAGCAUAAACAAGGAAAGGAUUCUGAAGAAGAACAAGCUUAAGAAGCAUCUCCCAGUUCAUCUCUUGUACAAAAAAUAUCAACCAAUUGAAACUUGUGGGACGGAUGAAGAGUUGGCGCGGAAGUUGCAUCGAGCCAUGAACAGUUCUCCUAGAAUCUCAAAGAAUUCUCCAAAUUCAGAGUCAAAAGGGAGAGGUAGUAAACACAAGAAGCCUAGGAGCUCUUCCAGUUUUGAAAUGACUGAGGUUUCUGAUGCCGGUAUGGCACUGGGACAAGAUUGCUUAUCUUUGAACAAUGGGCUUGCAGUGGUGGGAAAGGUUGAUUCUGAAGGCUCCAUUCAAGAAGUAUGCUCAAGUAAGGAAGAUAAGAAGGGAUUCAGAUAUGAUAGAUCUAGCCAAAUGGAGAUAGAUAAUGGGGAAGCAGAGUCAAGCCAGUCAAAGGAGAAAAUUUCUGAGGAUCUGUUUUCCAUGGGUAAGAAGAGAGGAAGGGUGAAGCUAAAAAAGUUGCCCUUAAGCAUUUGUGCCACCAAAGAACGGGCACAACCAAAGGAAAGUUUGACAGCUAGAAGUUCUCCAUUGACUGAGAUGAACGCUGGCAAUCAUCCUGUUGGUAAUAUACCUUUGUUUCCAGUGGAGCCAUCCAGUGACAGAGUGAUACCAAUUGAGGCUACAUCAACAUGCAAAUGCCAGGAGUUCAAGGCACCAGCUUGUAUCAAACAAAAUAAAGUUGUGCAAUCGUAAUUUUCAGAUUAAAUUCAGAUGACUGGGUGCUAGUACUACUACUGUUACAGGAAUCCAUAGCUCAGGUAGAAAUCAUGAAGUUUUUUUUUUUUUUUUUUCUUUUUUUCUCUCACAUAUAUGCCAUUUCCCUCCCUUCAUCUUUGGUUUUGUAAUGGAUUUGCACUGACUAAAUGUAAAUUUAGAUUUUUAGUUGUUUGUACUACUUCUUUCAGUUAAAAGUUGUGUUUAAGGUUAAUUGACGGCAGAGCUUGAGUUUAGAUAGGAAGAUGAAAUGAAUUGAGCAUCUUUUCCAUUGUGCUACUUGUUCCAUCCCAUUUGUACUGAGAGAAUAAA